AUGAAGUUCUCCACCGCCGUUAUUAGCAGUACACUUCUUGCUACUGCCCUUGCCGCGCCUCUGACUACUCAACGUCAAGCCCGCAACGAGGCUCGUCGUCUUGCUCGUGCUGAGGGCCGCUCGGUCCAGCGCCACAGCAACCCUCCCUACAAGCCAGGAACCCACGACGUUAUCCACUUCAAUGAGACCACCAAUGUGGAAUACAGCUCUAAUUGGGCUGGUGCCGUGCUUGUUGGCUCGGGCUAUACCGCAGUCACGGGUCAGUUUACCGUUCCGACUCCAAAGGCGCCUAGUAGCAGCAGCAGCGGUGACUACGCCGCCUCUGCCUGGGUGGGCAUCGACGGCGACACCUGGAGUGAAGCGAUUCUGCAGACCGGUGUCGACUUUACCGUUGAAAAUGGUGAAGUCAGCUAUGACGCCUGGUAUGAGUGGUACCCCGACUAUGCCUACGACUUCAGCGGCAUUACUAUCUCCGCAGGAGACGUCAUCAAGGUCACCGUGGAUGCAAAAUCCAAGGCUUCUGGCACUGCGACUAUUGAGAACGUUACAACUGGCAAGACUGUGACUCACACCUUUUCGAGUGGUGUUGAGGGCGAUCUCGGUGAGGUUAAUGCGGAGUGGAUUGUUGAGGACUUUGAGGAGAACGAUUCUCUUGUUGCCUUUGCCAACUUCGGCACCGUCACCUUUAGUGAUGCCCAGGCUACUGACAGUGGCACCACUGUUGGACCUUCUGGUGCCACUAUCUUGGACAUCGAGCAAAAUGGCGAGAUUCUUACUUCCGUUUCUACUACUUCGAGCAGUGUUACCAUCACCUAUGUCUAG